AUGAGCAGCAGCAAUAGUGGUAGCAACUUGAAGGAGGCUGAGGCUCUGAUGAAGAGCGCUGCGAAGCACGCAGAAGUCGGUCUCUUCAAAUGGAAGCCCAACUGGGACGGUGCCGCCACUGACUAUGAAAAGGCAGCGAGGAUUUACACUCAUGCCGAGAACAGUGUCAUGGCCACAGAUGCGUGGCGCAAGGCCUCUAACGCACACGAGAAGGCUGGCAACUCCACUUUUGCGGCGCGUUCGAUGGAGAGCCUCGCGUUGUUCCUUGGCGAUCUGGCGCAGAGAAGAGGUGCUGGAGCCGGCGGCGCGUCUCUCCUGAGCGACGCGAUCAGCACGUACGCUGAGGCCUCUAGGCUUUACGAACUUGACGGGAAGUUUGACCGUCAGGCGGAGUCGCUGAAAAGUGCGGCACUGCUCCUCGGCAAGGGAACGGCGACAGGGGGAGCGGAUUUGCAGCGCGUGUGUGACCUGUUGCGUAGCGCCGUGGAAGUGUUGGAGGAGCGUGUGGAGGAGCAGCAGGUGUACGCGACGCGCCUGCCUGACAUGUACCACCUGUGGAUGCUGACGCACCUGCGCGGCGGCGACGUGCCGGGGGCAGUGACGGUGCUGGAGCGCAAGUUGGGCUUCACCACUGGCGGGCCACGCAAGAGUCUAUAUGAGCGCCUUGCGCAGCCACAAAACGCGGCGAAGGCAAUUCUUGAAGUAGUCGUGCUUUGCCUCUCGCGCGCCGACCCUGUGUGGGCGCGGCAGGAGGUGGAAAAGCUUCGGAGUGUCCCGGGCUUUGCGGGUUCGCGGGAGGAGGCCACGGUUGAAGUUCUCCUUAGCUCUUUUGAGGAUCGAGAUGUAGAGCAGCUGAAGGAGGCAGUGAAGGAACAGACGUUGCAGUUUAUUACUGCUGACAUCUCGAGGUUGGCGAAAAAACUGUCUAUUAAGGGUAGUGAGGCGCAUGCAAAAGUUGAAGUAUUGCCCCCGAAACAACAGCAACAGCAACAAGAGGGCCUUGAUAUCGACCCGGAGGAGGACAUACGAUAG